AUGUCGUCGCCUCCGCCAUACCAAUCGUCAUCUAACCCGCUCAAACGACCUUCUAUCUCUUCCACCUCGUCAUUACCACUGGGCAAAAAACAGCGCAUGCACCCACUCCGUCAGACUUCAUUCCCAAAUGGCCUCGAUCCGGAGCGCAGCUUUGGUGGCACAAGUGAUGCUGGGAGUGUGACCGGCAGUUACACUGGUAGUCUCGGCGGAGCAAGUGCAGAUGGAGUCUUUGCUGGAGCUGCCCGGGGUAAGAAGCGUGGACGCAAGAGCAAGGUGGAGAAAGAGCGCGAGCGGGAGCAAGAUGCCCUCAGCGCCAGGGGAGGCGAAUCUACGCGUUUUGGAUCUGUUGAGAAUGAGGGCUCUGUGAGAGGUGGUCCUUCUGGUGGUGGCGGUGGAGGAGGGGCAGAUGAUGGGGAUGACGAUGAUGAGGAUGAUGAGGCUGAACUGUUCGGGCAACAAGACGGUGCCACGGAUACUGAAGCCGAGAAGAAGAAUCUAGCGAUCUUGGUUGAUGCUUUCAAUCCCAUGCAAUCGGAACGAUACGAUCUUUUCAAGCGAGCUAAGCUGCGCAAAGAAACACUCCGCCGCAUUGUUAACCAUGCCCUCUCACAAUCCGUCCCGGCGAGUGUUGUCACGACCGUCAACGGUUUUACCAAGGUCUUCGCUGGUGAAAUGAUUGAAAUGGCCCGCACGGUUCAAACCCAGUGGGCCGAUGCUCAUGAUCUUGCUGCACGAGAUGCAUUCGAGGCCGAAGAAGCUGCGGCUGAAGCUGCGGCCCAGGCCAAGUUCCAGGCCAAGGCCUCGACAACGACCCCGGCCGGCACACCAGUCCCCAGCUCAGGCGCCAAUGGAGUCAAGACUGAGCCCCAGGACUCUGAUCAAACGCCCCGUUCUUCCCUCCCUCCCCAUAGCAAUAUGACACCAUCUCUCCAUUCACCCGCGGGUCCUCUCCGUCCAAAACGGGAGUUCCGUCCUCCACCGAACCCCCACCGAGGCCAACUUCUACCUGCCCAUCUCCGUGAAGCAGUCCGACGCACGAAGCGCAAUGGCGAAGGCGGUGGAGUGGGUUACUCGGGAUUGAGUUUGGAGAACAUGGGAGUUCGCGGAUCUUACACGUGGAAUUCAGGAACAGCCGGUGGACGAAGACUGUUCCGGUAA